AUGAAGACUACCAUCAUUCUCGCCGCUGCCUCUGGCAUCGUUCUCGGCGCCUCUGGCGUCACCAACGAUAUCGCCCGCGUCGGCGCUAUCGACAUCAACGAGCCCGUUCUCGAGCUCACCACCGUCCUUGACGGUCCGGGUGCCUACGUUCCUACCUCUGCCGGUGGCAAUGGCAUCACUGUCAUUCAGUCGACUAUCUGUCGCCCCGUCUUCGCCCAGACCUGUGAGGUCAUGAAGUUCACUUCUAGCAUUCCCGUUGCUGAGGUGGUCACCUCUACUGUCUCUUCUGAGACCAAGGCCACUUCGGCCACUGAGGUUAUUUCCUCCAGCACCAAACAGGUUGCUACUUCCACUUCUGAGACCAUUCAGUCGACCGAGUCUUCUGGAACCAUUCAGAUUCCCAGCGCCACCGCUUCUGCCAACAAGGAGUCUGAUGCCAACGGUCUCUGGGCUGGCAUCGCGCUUCUGAUGCUUCUCUAA